GGGACCCGGGCGGGGGGCGGCACCGAGCCCCGGCUGCGUUCGCCGCUGCGGCUGCCCCGCAAGGAGACAGAAAGGCGAAGGCAGUGGUGCGGGUCGGGCGCGUAGUUAUAGCGGGCGGCGGAGAGAGGAGGGGAAAAAGGAGGAAAAAAAACGCGAGGAGGAGGAGGAGGAGGAGGAGAAAGGGGAGUAGGAGGAGGAAGAGGAGAGAAGAAAAGCAGGAAGGAGGCGAGCCGAGGCAAGAAGGGGAAAGAGGCACCGAGAGAGACGCUUCGGAAGCACGGAGAAGGGUGGCCGGCUGGCGGGUCCCCGCACUCAUCAGCCGGACCAAGACUCUAGUUUGUGUGUGUGUGUGUGUGGAUUAAAAUCCUUUGGGAAGAAGGAGGGGGAAAAAAUAAUUAUCACGCAAACCCCCGCAUCAGGACGAGCUGGGCUUUCAAAAGGGAUACAACACUCUGGAUGCGCUGCUGCUGCUCUUUUGUGACAGAUGCCUAAACCGAUUCCGACGCCCGCAUUUUAGGGUCGGGUUUUUUUUUUUGGGGGGGGGGGUGUCCUUAAUUUUUAUUUUUAUUUUAUUUUUUGUUUAGAUAGGCAUCAAUUUGGCUUGCUUUUUAAAUUUUAACCUCGCGAUUGCGCCCGGCUACGCCUCUGAUCCCUUUUUCUCCCCCUUUUCGCCCCCCUUCCCGGCACUGGCGGGUUGAUGGGAGCCGCGGCCCCCGGGAGCCUUAGGAUCCCCCGCGGCUCCAGCCGCGCUCCGCAGCCGCGCAGGGCGGCGCGGCGCCGGCAGCAGCCCGCCUCCCCCGGCGCGAUGCGCCGCAGACUCUAGACGGGCUUUCCCCCCCCUCAACCCCCCCCUUUAUUAUUUUUCUUUUCUUUUUUGGGCAAAAACCAGGGCGAGGAGCGGCUCUCCCCCUCCUCCCCCCCCCCACUUCUUCCCCCCUCCCCCUGUUUAAUUUUUUCCCCUCCCCUUUUAAUUUUUGUAUUAUUACCGGUUUGAUUUUGCUCCGCUCGGCCGGCAGCGCGCAGAGGCGCGGGCCGGCGCAGCCCCCCGCCGGAGGCGGCGGGACCCGCGGCCCCAGCGCGGAGACUGGCGCAUGCCACAGCCCGUCUCGGCUCCUCCGCCACCGCCGCCCGCCGCUGCCCGCCGCCGCGUACUGGUUCCCGGCCCCUUCAUGCGCGGCGGACGAUAUGCCCGUUUUGUAGCCGGGGGCCCCUCCUCUCGUCCCGCAUGUUCAGGACCAAACGCUCGGUGCUUGUUCGGCGGCUCUGGCGGAGCCGUGCGCCCGGCGGUGAGGAGGAGGAGGAGGAGGAGGCGGCGGCGGCCGAGGCCCGGGCGCAUGCCUGCGGCGAGGGGCGCGGGUGCUGCCCGGGCACGGCGGGCCGCGGCUGCGGAGCGUCCGCGGGCGCGGAAUCGGAACUGAAGGCAUUGACCCACACCGUGCUGAAGCGGCUGAAGGAGCGGCAGCUGGAGGGGCUGCUGCACGCCGUCGAGUCCCGCGGCGGGGCGCGGACCCCCUGCCUGCAGCUGCCCGCCAAGGCCGACUCCCGGCUGGGCCAGCACUCCUACCCGCUGCCGGUGCUGCUCUGCAAGGUGUUCCGCUGGCCAGACCUCCGGCACUGCUCCGAAGUGAAGCGGUUAUGUUGCUGUGAAUCCUACGGCAAGGCUCACGCCGAGCUCGUCUGCUGCAACCCGUACCACCUCAGCCGGCUCUGCGAGCUAGAGUCUCCCCCUCCACCCUACUCCAGAUAUCCAAUGGAUUUUCUCAAACCAACUGAUUGUCCAGACUCUGUGCCUUCCUCCACUGAAACAGGGGGAGCUAAUUGCCUAGCCCCUGCGGGGCCUUCAGAUUCUCAAGUACUUCAGGAGCCGGGGGAUCGUUCACACUGGUGCGUGGUAGCAUACUGGGAAGAGAAGACACGUGUGGGUCGGCUGUACUCUGUCCAAGAGCCCUCCCUGGAUAUCUUCUAUGAUCUACCUCAGGGGAAUGGUUUCUGCCUCGGACAGCUCAACUCUGACAACAAAAGCCAGCUGGUUCAGAAGGUCCGCAGCAAGAUCGGCUAUGGCAUCCAGCUCACCAAGGAAGUGGACGGCGUGUGGGUAUACAACCGCAGCAGUUACCCCAUCUUCAUCAAGUCGGCCACACUGGACAACCCUGACUCCAGGACGUUGCUGGUUCACAAAGUGUUCCCAGGAUUUUCCAUCAAGGCUUUUGACUACGAGAAGGCAUACACCUUGCAGAGACCCAACGACCACGAGUUCACGCAGCAGCCAUGGACUGGAUUUACCGUUCAGAUCAGCUUUGUGAAAGGCUGGGGCCAGUGCUACACUAGACAGUUCAUCAGCAGUUGCCCAUGCUGGUUGGAGGUUAUCUUUAAUAACCGGUGACUCGAGACAAAGUGGGCUUAUGACAUCUAUACUACUUUGCUGCUAUUGUUUCCUUCUGAGUGCUUGCUUUUCAUGCGAACUCUUCUUGUUUCGUUUUGUUUGUUACCCUUCCUGCCCGUGUUGAGAAAUAGCUUCUGAAAAGACUUUUUUUUUUUUUUUUUGCCUUGGGUAUUUUGAUAAAUAUAUCUAUUUUUUAAAAGUGUGAAUGACCAAUACUCAGAAGGGCGAGAGAAGGGUUCUUGGGGAUAGAUUGCAUACGGUAAUUAUUUCACGCCUCUGAAAGGGUUACCUAUGUGAUCAACAGAUUUGGAAGCCACUUCCUAUAUGUUACAGCUCCUUCUCUUGGAUAAAACAACAAGAUACCUGUACUUUUUAUGCACCACCUUUCCCUUGCCGCCAGCCAACCCUGGUGAUGGUGAUACAGAGACCCCUUCCCCAGUGGUGCUAACCCAAUGUUGCCACCGAAGGAUGGUGCAAAACCUUCCAAACCAGGUCUUUACCCAACCUUUUGAUUUUUUAUUGUAUUGUUGCUGGGUUCACGUCUUGUCACUGUGUUCAUCUUUCCACUGCUUUGUUUUUUUUAACUUUUGGUCGUGCAUUGAUGAAAGGGGAGGAGAUGACAGCGGAGAAACUUAGUGCAUGACCCAUGCUUUAUAAUUUGAACUGAGAUGUGAAGAGACAGAAACUUAAACCUAAAAAAACAACCCUCAAACCAACAAAACAAAUGAAAAACAAAUGAGAAAAAACAAGAAAAGGUGUCCACAAUAGUUGGUAUGUUGUAACCAGCCUAGAUCAGGUUAUCCCGGUACCAUCCAAUCUGGAAAUAAAGUUGUGCUUUCAUUUCUUGAAUUCAUACACGAGUAUGAUACUUUUACACUGUUCUUGGCUCAAUGAGCAUGUUUAGACCAUAACAUAAGCUAUUUUUCUAAAUAAAAAGGUUUAAAUGAAUAAAAGAGCAUUCUCAUUGGCAUUUUGGCAUUACAGUGCUUUGAAAUUAAAACACAGGUAAAAAAAAAAAAGACUCCUUAAAAACCCCCUGAGAUUUAUUAAAGAAAAAAAAAAUUGUAUUUUAUGUUAUAUAAAUAUAUUAUUACCUGUAAAUAUAAAGACGUUUUAUAAGCAUCAUUAUUUAUGUAUUGUGCAAUGUGUAUAAACGAGAAAAAGUAAGAAAGAUGCACUUUGCUUUAAUAUAAAUGCAAAUAACAUGCCAAAUUAAAAAAAAAAAAAAAGAACACGAGAUAGAUUGGUGAUCUUUUCUAUGGGUGUUGUCAUCCAGAUGAAUGUUUUUUUCUAAAGGAGUUUAUGUUCCAUUAAGAAAUAAAGAUGUACACUUCAUCCCA